UAACAAUAUAAUAAACAUGUAAUAUUUUCAAAGAAAGAAGGUAAAUGUAGUCUUUAGAGCUAUACACUUUAAGGUGUACAAAAAAAUUGUACAAAAUACCUUUUGUUCUUUGUUUUUUAAUCUAAUAUGAAAGAUAUAAAUAUUUCUUGACUCCUAAAUUAUUGUAGCUAUCAAUUUUUUAUGAAUAAAAAUGUUUUUUGGUUUUAUGAUAAAAUUAUAAUGAGAUUGCUUAAGAUCAAUGUAUUUUAUAUUGGUGGCUGUCUUUAGUAGCUGAUUUUGGUAUACAUAUAAACUAGUCGCGUGAAUAUUAUGAUAGCCAUGGAAAUACUACAAGAAAAUAAGUGAAUUUCCUAUAUUGCCCUCAAUGCCACAUGUACUUAUAAAUUCCCACCAUCCAUUACCAAAACUCCAAAACAUAUCUUAUUGUGCAACCAAUAGUAUGGCUACUUCCUUUUCCAACCAAAUUACAAUCAUUCUUUUUUGUUUACUAUCUACAAUCAUCUUUAACUCAUCAUCACUAGUUAUGUGUAAUUCUAUGAUCAUUCAUUGUGAUAAGAAGGAUGAGAACACAUUGCUCAAGUUUAAACAUGAAGUCACAGAUCCUUCUGGAGUACUCUCAUCUUGGUCUUCUGAUGAAGAAAAAGAUUGUUGUCAGUGGAGAGGAGUUCAUUGUGAUAACAUCACACACAGAGUUAUAGAGCUUCAUCUCCCUUGUGAUACAAUCCAAUCUGAUGAAAUUCUUGAUAAAGAUAAUGCGAAACCGCACUGUCUAACAGGUGAAUUCGACAUGUCUUCUUUGUUUGAUCUUGAAUUUCUGAGUUACUUGGAUUUGAGUAACAAUGAUUUCAAGACCAUCAAAUAUGAUUUCAAUUCUAUUCAUAACAACAAGACAUGUAAUGACUCCUCCAACAUUCAUUAUCUUGAUUUAGCAUAUAACUAUCAUCUUUUCAGUGAUUAUAAUAAUAUGCUACAUCAGAUUUCUCAUCUUUUUUCCUCUUUGCAAUUUCUGGACCUCAGUGGUAUUGAUUUUUACAAGGAAACCGAUUGGCUUCAAUCACUGACCUCACUUUCUUCACUUUUAGAGUUACACUUAGAUGAUUGCAGUCUUAAAGAUAUAAAUCCAUCUCUUCAGUAUGCUAAUUUGACUUCACUUAAGGUUCUUAGUCUUGUUUCCAAUGACUUCUCAACAAUCUUACCUUCUUGGUUAUUCAAUCUUAGUCACAUCUCAUACAUUGACCUUUCAGAGAAUUACCUUCAUGGCCAAUUACCUCAAACACUACCAAAAUUUCAUCAAAGCAUUGAAUCCUUGUGUUUGUAUACCAAUGAUCUUGAUGGACCCAUUCCGGAUUGGUUAGGCCAACUUGAUCAACUGAAAGCACUUGCUCUUUCUUAUAAUAACUUUGAUGGUCAAAUCUCAACAAUUUUGGAAAACUUACCAUCCUUAUUGAUUGAAUUGCGUCUGCAUUCAAAUUUCUUGACAGGAACUGUCUCUGAAAAGAACUUUCAUUUGCUUUCCAAGUUAAAGAAUUUAGGUUUAGGCUCAGAAUACUUAGUCUUUGACUUUGAUACCAAAUGGAUCCCUUCUUUUCAACUUCAAAUCUUGGUUUUGGAAAAUGUUGGUCCCAAAUUUCCAUCAUGGAUAUAUACACAAAGUUCUCUAGAACUUCUGUUCAUUUGGAACUCAAGGGUUUCAUUUGAACCUCUUGGAAAGUUCUGGAAGUUUGCUGCUCAACUUGAAGCUUUGGCGUUAGUAAACAACUCCAUCAAUGCUGACAUCUCAAAUGUGUUGCUUGAUUCCAAAGUUGUAAUCAUGCAAUUGAAUAACUUUAGAGGCAGUGUGCCUCAAGUGUCAUCAAAAGUGACUUUUUUGGAUUUGUCUUAUAACAAUUUGUCUGACAUUUCUCCUUUCUUAUGUCAAAAGAUGAAGGGGAAAAGGAAUUUAGAGACUUUGUUCAUAUCUGAUAAUGCAUUAUCCGGAGAGAUUCCAAAUUGUUUGAUGAAUUGGACAUCAUUACUUCAAGUUGACUUGAGGAACAAUAAUUUGACUGGCAAAAUUCCUCACUCAAUUGGCUCAUUAUCUAGACUAAUUUUUUUUAGUUUGGAAAAAAAUAAGUUAUUUGGAGAGAUACCUCUGUCAUUAAAAGAUUGCAAAAAUCUUCAAUACCUUAUUCUAGGUGGAAAUGCAUUUUCUGGAACUAUACCAAGCUGGAUCAAUCAAAGAAUAAAAAUACUUCAAUUAGGAUCUAACCAAUUCAGUGGUAAUAUCCCAAUUGAAGUAUGUCAAUUUUAUUCUCUCAAGAUAUUGGAUCUUUCAAAUAAUAAAUUAUCAGGGUCAAUACCUAACUGUUUGCACAAUAUGACAAGUAUGAUUUCUCCAUAUGCUUCAAUGGAUGUGUUCAAGAUUCUUACCCGCACAAAAUAUUCCAAAAGAGGUUUCAGUUUUGUAUACUUUAGGGUAGUUACAAAAUAUAUGGUAUUAGAUUUUGUACAUUCAAUAUGCCUUGUUGAUCUUUCAAGCAACGAAUUCUUUGGAACAAUACCAUCAGGGUUAUUUAUGCUCAUUGGAUUGCAAUCUUUAAAUCUGUCUCACAAUCAAUUAAUGGGAUCGAUUUCACAACAUGUUAGUAACUUGACACUGCUGGAAUCUCUUGAUCUCUCAAACAACUUAUUGUCAGGACAAAUUCCUCAGUCCAUGUCUGGUAUGUCUUUUCUUGAAGUAUUAAAUCUCUCAUGCAACAAUUUUGAAGGCAAAAUCCCAUUGGGAACACAACUUGAGAGUUUCACAAACUUUAGCUAUGUUGGAAAUCCAAAACUUUGUGGACCUCCACUCACAAAACUUUGCCAACAAGAUGAGAAACUACCAAAUGAAAAUCAGAAGAGAGAAGAAGAUGAUGAUGAUGAUGAUAGCUAUGAAGUAUGUUCAUGGUUUUUUAUGGGGUGGGAAUUGGAUUUGCCACAAGCUUUUGGGGAGUAUUGGGUGCUAUUCUUUUCAACAGAAAAAGACAUGGUAUUUCAGAUUUUUAAAUAUAUUCUAUGACAUUCUGAUCCGCUGCUUCCAUAGUCCUUAUUGGAGUGAAUAUUGCUUUGGCUAAGCUAUUUGAUCAUCACCAAGAAGCUCCACGGGUUGCAUACAUGAUACAUGUGAAUUACUUUGAUUAGAUGUAAUUGCACUUUUUUAUUUUAAAGUUU